AUGAAGCCUUUCUAACCCCGUUUUAGCAUGGAGCCGCGCUUCGCUUUUUGCCUCUUGUUUUUGUUCUCCUCCGAGUGGACGCUUGCCUUCUCCGCCUCAACUUGCACGCCGGACGUAAGGUGCAGUUCCUCCGGUCAUUUGGCGCACAUCAGCGCACCCCGCCGGGAGCUCCGUCCCCAGGAUUUGGCGCAUUCGGGAGCGCUUCAAACCGGGGACUUUUUCGGAUAUACCGGAGGCGAAGCGAGCUCCGAAGUCACUGCUGAGAUCACAGAAAGUUCAACAAAAGUCGAGCCCCCCUCCGGGUGGGUGGAAGACGCAUGUUGCCCCCAAGAGGAGGCGACGGACGGCCGCUCCAAACUUUCCCUCCCUGAUUACCAAAGCGAUGCGGGUAGCCAGGAAAAUUGGGAUGAUGCGGAUUCUAACGCGGAUGACGCCCGGAGGAGGAGAAGCGCGAGGGGAGCAGAGACUUGGGUCGAUUUGGGAGGCGAGGGCGCGCACGAAGCUUCGUAUCCCGACCCGGUUGAGGUCCAGCUGGCCAGCACCACCUUCGCCCUGGCCGGGGACACCGCGCACAACCAGGCGAUGGUGCACUGGUCCGGCCAGAACAGCAGCGUGAUCCUCAUGUUGACCAAAUACUACGACUUCAGCUCAGGCAGAGUGACGGAGAGUUCUUUGUGGAGAUCCACCGAUUACGGCACCACCUACGAGAAACUUAAUGAGAAAGUGGGGCCCAAAACCAUCCUGAGCUACUUGUACGUCAGUCCCAACAACAAGCGCAAGAUCAUGCUACUGACCGACCCGGAGGUGGAGAGCAGCCUGCUCAUUAGCCUUGACGAGGGGGCGUCCUAUCAGAAACACAGCUUAGCCUUUGAUAUCCUCAGUCUUCUUUUCCACCCCGAGCAGGAGGACUGGAUCCUGGCUUACAGCCACGACCAAAAGCUGUAUGUCUCCGUGGAAUUUGGGAGGAGGUGGCAGCUUGUGCACGACAACGUUGUCCCGAACAGAUUCUACUGGUCCAGAUUGGGAUUGGACAAGGAGCAAGGAAUGAUCCACCUGGAGAUCAGCGUCUCUGAUGGACGGUCGCAGUACAUCACUUGCAAACUUCAAAAUUGUUCCGAGGGAAACAAGGGCAAGCCUUUCCCCGGGUUUAUCAUCCCCAACUCCCUGGUGGUUCAGGAUGAAUACGUUUUUAUCCAGGUGCUGACAGGAGGGCAGUCCGUCCAUUAUGUGUCCUAUCGAAGGCACUCGUUCUACCCAGUCAAGCUUCCAAAGUACACGCUGCCGAAAGACUUGCAGAUCAUAAGCACGGACGACAACCAGGUGGUGGCGGCCAUUCAAGACUGGCACCAGAACGACUCGUACAACCUGUACAUGUCCGAGUCCAGGGGUCUGUUCUUCACGCUGAUGCUGGAGAACGUGGUGAGCAGCGGAGGACCGGAAGGCAACAUCAUGAUCGACCUUUAUGAGGUUGCCGGGAUUAAAGGGGUUUUUCUGUCAAAUAAAGUUGUCGAGAACCAAGUGAAAACUUACAUCACAUACAAUAAAGGCAGAGACUGGCGGCUUUUGCGGGCCCCGGCAACGGAUCUCCAAGGAAAGUGGGUCGAUUGUGAGCAACCGUACUGCUCCUUACAUCUGCACCUUCACGUAUCUGAGAACCCGUACACCUCUGGAAACAUCGUGAGCAAAGAGACAGCACCUGGAAUUAUCAUCGCGUCAGGUGUGGUCGGACCCGAGCUCUCCACCACUAAUGUCAGCGUCUUCAUCACAUCUGAUGCUGGCAACACGUGGAAAGAGGUUUUUCAGGAAGAGUACAGCGUGUUCUUUCUGAAUCAAGGAGGAUCUCUGGUGGCCAUCCGACACACACCUCUGCCUAUUAGACACAUUUGGCUGAGUUUUGACGAGGGCAGAAACUGGGACAAAUUUAGCUUCACCUCCUUGCCGCUGUAUGUGGACGGGGUGCUGGGGGAGCCCGGAGAGGACACCCUCAUCAUGACAAUCUUUGGUCACUUCAGUCACCGAUCCGAGUGGCAACUUGUCAAAAUUGAUUUCCGGUCCAUUUUUCAACACCGCUGCACUUCCGAAGAUUACGUGACAUGGCAGUUGGACGACGAGGGAGAAGUGUGCAUCAUGGGAAUGAAGAGAAUCUUCCAGAAACUGCGAGUAAACGCUAGAUGUGUCAAGGCGAGAGAACAGUACAUCUCUCAGAUGUCAGACUCCUGCCCAUGCACAGAGGCCGAUUUUGAGUGUGACUAUGGAUUUGAGAGGCAGGUCGAUGGGAGCUGCACUCCGGCGUUCUGGUUUGUUCCGUUGGCCACAUCCAGAGAUUGCAUCACUGGGGACAGCUUCCUCAAUUCCACGGGAUAUCGCAGAGCUUUGUCGAACAACUGCACAGAGGGGACUCUGCUAAAAUACAGCCCCAGGCGGCAGAAAUGUCCCAGUCAAGUCCCCAAGGGCCUGCAGCUUUUCACCAGCGAAGGCAUACUGGUCGCGACACUGUACAAGAACGUCACCUUUUUGGUGUUUCUCGAAGAGGGUCUGAGCUCUACGACGAGCAUAACGGUGGACUUUGGCGACGGCACCGCGAUAUCCUACGUGAAUAUUAGCUCCAUAGAGGAUGGGGUCAAGCAUGUCUACAGUAAAGUGGGCAUCUACCACGUUUCUGCGAUAGCGAGCAAUGUUCUGGGCUUCGACAGGGUGACACUCUACCUCCACGUCACCUGUCAGCUGGAGCAGGUCCAGCUCUCCGCUCCGUCCGUGGCCCUGAAGAACAAAGCCGUAAACUUCACGACGACGUUGCGCCCUGUCGCCGUGGGGACGGUCACGUACUACUGGUGGUUUGACAACAAAACCGAGCCUUUGCUGAGUCUGGAUGGAGGGAUGUCCUUCACCUUCUCCCAGGAGGGAAGUCACAUGGUCACCGUUCAGGCUUCAGUCGGGAACACGGUUCAUCAGGACCACAUGACGGUGGCAGUUUAUGAUUAUUUCCAGUCGCAUAUUUUGUCUUUUUCCUCUAAUCUGGAUGACGCCAAUCCCGGCCUCUCUGAGUGGCGCUCGGACAUCGGGAGGGCGGUGAAGCGCUCCGUGGUCCAGGUCACCGGGAUCAGUGAGGAUCGGCUGCUGGUCACCGUGCUUCCCGGUCUGCCAACCACAGCCGAGAUCUUUAUUGUUCCCGAGAAGAGGCACAGAGGAGGCGCCGUGGGUGCAAAGCGGCAAGACCUAGAACAACAGCUCUCUCAGGUGCUGCUGAGUGCUCUAAACCAGGACCUCGUCCAGUUCACACUCAAAGCGGGAGUGCAGGUGAACGUCUACGCCAGUAGACUGUCGCCAGCUCCUCUGGUGGACAGCAGCGAUAGCAGCCACAGCAGCACUGCAAUUAUAAUGCUCGUGUCGGUGGCCCUGAUGGGUCUGGUUGUCUUUGCCAUAUUUAAAUUCAAAAGGAAGAUCCCAGGCCUCAACACGUACACGGCGGAGCAGCCUGACAAAGAAAAGGAAGUUGUACCCACAGUGACCUCCAUGGCGGACACGAAGCCCGAGGCGGACAAGACGACCUCACUGGAUCGCGUGGAUGUACAGCUGGAUUCGAAGAGCAGAGGCUACCUGCCAUCGCACACAGACAUCAAGCUCUCUGAUGAAGCGCCCCAUGUGUUUUAAUGUAGAGCGUCUAUGACCGGCGCCAAAGCAAUACAUCUUCCCUGGCAGUUACUUCCAGCGCGGUCACGAUGAAUGCUCUCGAGUGUUUUGCUACCCAUGCAUGGAUGGAUCGGCUCACACUGUGCCGCGUGCGCCUAAUCUCUCUGAGGAGACUGUACAGAUUUAUACUCGCCGACUCUCCAAAUUGGACUUUUUUUUUUUUUGACUGGAGAUACUUGUAUUUUUGCAAGGACCUUGAUCUUUUUAUGUAAAUAGUGUACAGUGCAGUCAGAAUGGAAGAAAUGUGUUGGUCUCCCAAAAUGGCCGACAGAGGUUUGGACACGCGCGCCUCUCUAAAAAGUAUUGGAACAAGUGAGGCCAAUUGCGUUAUUGCUUUUUGCUCUUCUUUCUGUAGACUGAAAACAUUUGAGUCCAUCAAAAGAGGAAUAUGGGACAAGAGUAUUUACAUCUGGAUCGGAUACGCAACAGCACAGGUGUCAAACUCGAGGCCUGGGGGGCCAGAUCAGGCCUGACACGUAAUUCUAUGUGGCCCACAAAGUGCAUCUUCCACAGUUUCUUGCUAGACAGAUUUGUACUUUUACUUUUGGCAGAAAAUACACCAAAAUGUUACUCUUUGCAUAUUACAAGCAUUUCCCCCCACUACAUUCCUUUAAAUUAACAAAAGUUGCAUACAGUGAUGUCUUAAGAUAUAAAUUGAAUUUGUUCCGUGACCCACUAAAUUCCUUUAAAUUAACAAAAGCUGCAUACAGUGAUGUCUUAAGAUGUAAAUUGAAUUUGUUCCGUGACCAGGCUCAAAACAAAUCUUCUUUCCCCAUUGAAAUUGAUGCAAAUCCCAUUAAUCCGUUCCAACCCCCCUCCCCCCCAAAAAAUAUGAAAGUGUGUAAUGUUUUCCAAGACAAAUAGUGCUCUGCAAACUUGUACUUCAUAAAUAGAAUGUAAAUAAAUUACAAUGUUUUUGCCAAAGUUUUUGUUUCAGCUCCAUCUGGUGUACGCGCCUUGGCCACCUGGGGGCAGUAUAAUACAGACAUAUGGAUAUACUGUACAUGAAGCCAAUCUCAGCUCCUCAGUAAGCCGGAGUUCUUCGCAGAGGAUAAAGAAUAUAUGCCUCUCAGUAUUGUUGUCGGUAUUGUCUGUCUACAUACAAACAACACUUUUGUUUAAAUAUGCAUUGCUUAAAAGGUAACUCACUCAUGAUGACAUUGAUGUAAUUUCUCAACCCAUCUAUGGAUUUUUCCAUUAUGUGUUAGCAUUAAGCUAGUGGACUUUAAGGCAAAGUUAUGUUGGUGAUUUAAAUGUGUAAUACACUUUGUUUUAUGUUUAGUUUGAGAGUAAACUUCAACCGGGAGUGGCAUUAAAGAGCUUUAAGCCUCUUUUUUUUUUGGAAGAAUUAUUCACUAUCCGCCAAAGUGCUGCUUGCUGUGAACUGAGUGGAGUUCAGCGCUCGUAACACAAGUUUGCGCUCAUAUCUCGAAAAAUCCGAACGUCAGGUCACUUGUAUCACAAGGCUGGAUUUCAACCCUCGUUUAUAUUUUACACAAUGCGGUGCUGUUUUUCUUUUUUAGUUGUUUUUUGGAUUAAUGGCAUUUCAAUUAACUUCAGUGGGGAAAAUCGAUUUGAUUUACAGUUAAAUUGAUAUAUAGUUAUUACACUGGUAAUUCACUACCAGUCAGUAUCACCGUGUUCACGUUUUUAAGUCAAAUUCAAUUGUAAUCGGUCUACAGCAAAAAUAAAGGAAUUGGCCUCACUGUUCAAAUACUUUCAGAGAGGGUGUGUCUAAAUAUGUUUCCGUUUCCCCGCACUUUUCUCGAGUUUGUUUACUUUGACGUGGAAGCAGCUUAUCGCUACUCCAAGACAGUGAAGAGAACCGGAUUCAUUAAGCUCGCCGCAAUCAGGAAAAUCUUAUCGCCGAGAUUGUCAUCAAAUGAAGGCUGGCAAUAUCCAGUAGAGGAAGGCUGGCCGCCACUUCCACAUUUGUGCGUUCCAUCACGGCCGUCUUCGCGGCUGACGCUCAAAUUGUUCUGCGUGUCAUAACAAAAGUGCGAGCGGAAUGGAAGAUUAAAGCCAAACUCUACUUUGGGAUGAGACAUCUGUCUUGUUGAGUGGACUCACAAAAUUCUUGAUUGCAAAACUCAACAUUACACCUCUUCAAAAAGACAUUAGUGUUGCACAAGUGGAUCUUUUUACAGCCAAUUUGACAUGUAAAACAAGGCAACCUGUAAUUUUCCCUACAGAGGGAACAGUCUCAUAUAUUGUCAGCAAGACAGCCAAAGUGCAUCAUAUUAUUUGCCGUAGUGCAGCACAAACGGCUCCAGUGAUGGUUUUUAUCGCCAUUAGGAAUUCAAUUAAUUUGACACGGUUUCUUGUGUUUACCUUGAACUCACUCACCUUGAAAGCUUAAAACUUCCACGGGUCCACCAAGCGGUGCAGUCCACUUUGUCACAGUAAGGAUUUUGUUGUAACACACUGAACUUCUGCAUAGUCGCAGUUCGGAAUCGACAAAUUCGCCUCUUAGUGGGUGUUAUUUUUUGUUUUUUUAAAAAAAAGCUACUUUCUGUUAUUCACUGAAAAAGUCACUUUUUGCGCUUAGGCCAGAGCAAUAAAAAUGUGGCCAAUUUUUGCCGAGGAACUAUGUUGAACUGAGUUGAGGACCUUCAUGUCGUGCUUUGCUGCCAUCUUGUGACAUGUAUGAAAAAAGCGCCUGCCAAAAAGGUUUAGAAUGACAUAUUUUCUUAUGCACGAAACUGAAAGGAAUCGUACGAUGGUUUUUGAGCCAAACAAAACAAUAAAUGUGAAAGUAAAGCCAUGGUUUGAGGAAUGUCUUGAAACAUUUCACAUGUCACGAGGCUUCGUUUUCUUGAGCUUUUUAGUAGUUUCUUGAACUUUGUAGUUGGCUCAUUUUUGAAGAACAAAUUGAAUGUGAAAUCAGUAGUCAUGGAAAAUAGUGACAACCAUAUAUUUAAAUAUACAACCAUAUUUUAAUUAUACAAUUGAUGUCAAUAAGGGAUUUUGAGGGGGAAAAAAUGCUUGUAAUAUCUGUAAAAAGUUAAUACAAAUUGCAAUUUUGGAAGAAGAAUUGCCGUCCCCCUUAUGGCCUGUAGAUAACAAAGAUUGAUGCCAAAGCACUACUUUUAUUUUUGACUAGGAUUUGGCGCCGUCUUGUGGCAUCUUUGGGUAUUUCAGAAAAGGCAAAAAAAAAGAGAUUUAGAUUCCCCAAAAUGGAUUUUCUGUCAAAAUGAAAAGAACAAAUCCAUUUACCAAAAAACAUGAAGUAAACAAUUUGCUUUUGUGGGCCACAUAAAAAUGAUGAGUCUAACACCUUUGACCGUUUCAGUGGAUCAUCAUUUUACCAUAACUAUAAUAAAUGACACUUCAAAACUGUAGGGGGAGCCCUGGUUCCCAAAACCACCAAUUCCAUUUAUUCGUUGUUGCUAUAAAGGAUCUAUAUUAAAUGCAUUCUACUUUGUCGCAAUGAAAACUAUUGAUCAUGGCAACAUACCAGCAUGGAAAUGGUGGCGUUGCCUAAGUUUACAUCCAUGCAAAGAAUCCUGCCGUCUACUCAAGGUCGGCUCUCGGGGAGUCGGCGGAGAAAAGGUUGCAAAUUUGUCCACCUACGUCGCCGCGAGGGCGGCUUACACGGAGAAGACGUAUCUCCUGUCAACCGAGCGCAGCCUACGCGGCGGCCGAGCGUGGUUUGCUACCAUCUCUUUGGGAUGAAUGCUGGAAUUCUAUCAAGCUUUUUUUUUGUUCCUGUUCUUAGUGUUGUCAGCUUUAUGUGUCAGUAAGACAAAUGGACGAAAGAGUUUUUUUGGAACUUCGCAUCCUGCGGUCGAGCCCCGAGAACUUGAAACAAACGUGCUCGUCGCGGAAUGAAAGCCAUCACUGAAGACUUUUCGGCUUGUUUAUUUUCAUGUGAAUACACUUACUUGUUGACUUAUUUGCAUGAUGUUUAGUUCCCUGCUGCUUUGUACAUUUUUAUAUAUUGUUAAAAAAAAAAAAGAAUGUAAAUUGCAGUAUGUUCAGUUUUCAGUGACUCAUUCAGUUUAAGUGACGUGAUU